UAUGCAAUAUCAAUGUCAAAUGGGUUGAGAUAUGGUUUUGUUGAGUCCAUGAACUACGCAGCUUUAUGGCAGCAGUAAUGAUUUCUGUCACCCCUUCGUGCCUGGAGAAAAUUUGAAAAGCCAACAUGGAAAAGCUGGCAGAGACUGGGAGCGUUAACCUGGAACUUGAUGGCCAAGUCUUGGGUUACACCUGUUCACAUUUUACGCCACCACAGCUCAGCUACUACCGUCUUUCCUCAAUGCAACUUGUCAAGCUUGUGAAUAUUUAAUGGUUUGUCCGCUGGCGUGCUAUCAGAUGAACCUAAGCAGGCGGAGGGGUGGUGCUGGGGAGGAGAUGAUGACGAUGAAGAGGAUGAUGUGUUAGGCAAGGGGCUGGGUUUUGGAAAACCACGCAACACCUGCCCCUCCUGACCAGGAAUGGAUCAGUUAUGAGAUGGAGAGGAGAUCGAAGUGCUUCAUUCAGUUCAGCCGCAAACAAAGGGGGAUCACAAUGCCAAGAGGUUAAAAAACUGGAUUCUACACUUCUAUUUGCUCUUUUUCUUAUUUGUCAGCCUUGGAUGGAUGUUUUGGAGAUUGAGCAAGUUCCUGAGACAGUGACUGAAUGUUACUUUGGACGGAGGAAUACAAUCAUCGUCAUCUCUGAAUCAUCUCUGAAAAGCGAAGAAAGUCCUUGUUACAUCUGAGGGACCCUCGGCAACGCUGGAAGGUGGAACCAGCCACCGGUGCCACAAACUCAGGGAGAAUGAGGAACAGCUUCUAGCGGAUUUUAUUUUCCUUUUCGCCGCACAAACCUGGCAGUGUGGUGUCAAGACACUGUCUUGAGGUCAAAGGUGGAGAGAAAAUCCAGAAAAGACAGAGAAAAAUGCCUUUUGGGGGGUUGACAGGUUUGAAGGAGCAGGUGUUAAAGCCUGGGAAGGAGGAGGUGACGACCACCGUGGGUGACUCUCUAGGAAAACUGCAAAGGAAAAUAGAUGGUAGCAAUGUAGAAGAAGAGGCCAACAUUGAACUGACAGAGGACGGGCGUCCAGUGGCGUCAGCACCGCGUCCUGCCCCGCUGCUGGACUGCAGCUGUGGCGGUCUCCCAAAGCGCUACAUCAUCGCCAUCCUCAGUGGACUGGGCUUCUGCAUCUCCUUUGGCAUUCGCUGCAAUCUUGGCGUGGCCAUUGUGGAGAUGGUGAACAACAACACCGUCUACAUCAAUGGGACUCCAGUGCUUCAGAAAGCUCAGUUUAACUGGGACCCGGAGACGGUGGGGCUGAUCCACGGCUCCUUCUUCUGGGGCUACAUCGUGACUCAAAUCCCUGGUGGUUUCAUCUCAAACAAACUCUUCGCCAACAGGGUGUUCGGGGCGGCCAUUUUCCUCACAUCAGUGCUGAAUAUGUUCAUCCCGUCAGCGGCGAGGGUCCACUACGGCUGUGUCAUGUUUGUUCGCAUCCUGCAGGGCUUGGUGGAGGGCGUCACCUACCCAGCGUGUCAUGGGAUGUGGUCCAAGUGGGCGCCACCUCUUGAGCGGAGUCGACUGGCCACCACUUCAUUCUGUGGAUCCUACGCGGGAGCGAUGAUCGCCAUGCCUUUAGCUGGAGUGCUUGUUCAGUACGUUGGCUGGUCGUCUGUCUUUUACAUCUAUGGUGUAUUUGGGAUCAUAUGGUAUGUAAUGUGGCUCCUGCUGGCAUAUGGAAGUCCCGCUGAACAUCCCACAAUCACUGACGAGGAGAGGAUGUACAUCGAGACCACCAUUGGUGAAACAAUCAACCAAUUGAGUGUAACUGAGAAAUUCAAUACACCGUGGCGGCGGUUCUUCACCUCCAUGCCCGUCUAUGCCAUCAUUGUGGCUAACUUCUGCCGCAGCUGGACCUUCUACCUGCUGCUCAUCAGCCAGCCGGCAUAUUUUGAGGAAGUUUUUGGCUUCCCCAUCAGCAAGGUGGGGAUCCUGUCUGCUGUCCCCCACAUGGUGAUGACCAUUGUCGUUCCUAUUGGGGGUCAGCUGGCUGACUACUUACGCAGUAACAAAAUCAUGUCUACCACGAAUGUGAGAAAACUCAUGAACUGUGGAGGUUUCGGUAUGGAGGCUACGCUGCUGCUCGUGGUUGGAUUUUCUCACACUCGUGGAGUCGCCAUCUCCUUCCUAGUUCUGGCUGUGGGCUUCAGUGGAUUUGCCAUCUCAGGUUUUAAUGUCAAUCAUUUGGAUAUUGCGCCUCGCUAUGCCAGCAUCCUGAUGGGCAUUUCUAACGGGGUGGGAACUCUGUCUGGAAUGGUGUGUCCCCUGAUUGUUGGAGCUUUGACUAAAAACAAGACUCGGCUGGAGUGGCAGAAUGUCUUUGUUAUUGCAUCCAUGGUGCAUUACACAGGGGUCAUCUUCUACGCUAUCUUUGCAUCGGGUGAGCAGCAGGACUGGGCCAACCCCGAGACAAGUGAGGAAAAAUGUGGCAUUAUCGACGAGGACGAGCUGGCCGAAGAGUCAGAGCUCAACAGCGACAACGUGAUGGCCCCCAAAAAGAGUUAUGGAACAGCAGACAAUUCAUCCGGGCGAAAACAUGGCUGGAAAAAGAAGAGAGGCGUGACCAUGCAAGAGGAGGAGGAACAUUACGAGAAUGGGGACUACCAGGACCGGUACCAGUGAGACUGGGUUUCAUUCAAAUCCAGUCAAAGAGGAAUUUCACAACUGUGGAAAUGUCAGAAACAUUGGAGAAGUGGCAGCGUCAGACGCAUCUAAAGACUUGCAGCAGUUUUAAUUGUUCAACAGUCCACAAUCUGCUGGAAAUAAAAUCACAUGGGAACAGAACAUUAAAAAAAGUCAAAAUGCUAAAACACAUAAAUCAGUAAUUGAACAAUACAUUUUAAUUCAUACUGACCUAUACUGUAGACUAGUAUUCUUAGUACAAUAGAAAGUAAACCACAGAUCAACAAGAUCACAUCAGAAACACAUCAGCUUUCAAACCAGACCCAACUUCAACCUCCAACCGGCGCUGAUCGUCUGUGCAAAUGUCAACUGAGCUUAAUGUAGCUUACUUUGGAAAACAUGUGAAUUGUUUUUGACAUUUUUCGUGUCGGCUAUGCAACGUGAAUGUAAUAAUGGGCCUGACAGCAGACCACAGUGUUAAUGUAAGCCGUAUUUAUUUAUUUUUGCUUGUAUGCAUUUGCUGCUGCUGAAUGAUUACGCUCUGUCGCUGUGCUCGCUGUCCGUUGUGCUUAGUUCACCAUCCAUCUGUGAGGGUGUGCGUCUUCCAGCUUUAUAUUGGCUCCAUUAUUUAUAGUGUCUUUUAAUGUAACUCUAUUUAUUCUUUUGGUGUUUGUCUUUUUGCAACUUCUCAAUGUUGAAUACAUGGAGACGCAGUUUGUUUCUAAAAACAGCUUUGGCUUUUGUUUCACUGUGAUGGUAGAAGAGUUUAGAAGUUCCCUGUUCAUCAUUACUGCUCUGGAAGAGAGAGUCAAUUUUGUACAGUAAAUUAUUAUCCUAUUGUUUGAGCGAGCAUUGAUUUGAUUUGCACUUUACUUGAAAACACCAGAGAUGUAAUGAACUUCAUUUCUAUUCUGUAUUAAGAUUGUUCAGAAACAUAAAAUCCACGAACAGCUUCAAGGUGCUGGAUUAUUGAAUGACGUAUAUGAGCGUAUUCAACAUGUUGUGUUCCUUUGUGUAUUUAAAAGAAGAUUAUAAAAAAUGAUUGA